CGAGCAACCUCCAGCUCGUUCAAGGGGUGUUCCCGGGUGGUAUUACACAGUAUCCGCCCAGCCGGGAUCAUGCUGACAUCUCCUUUCACCUCCACUCCGUGUUCGCGCCCUUUCGCAGAAUGGCAACACCUCAAACCACGGCCACACAGCUACAGAAACGCAGGAAGGAGAAAGCAAAAGCGACAGAUGGCUUACAACUCGGUUUCAAUUUUCGUCUAAAGAGACAACAAAGUCAUCGUUAUAUGGGACACAGAGCCGACUCCUUAAUCGUACCUUCAGAUCUCGCCCUCCUCGUGGAACUCCGAGCUCGUCAUCGAACUUUUCAAGGUGCAUACGCUCGAACUGCGCUCGGGAAUUUGGGAUAUGCGUUGACGAUUUUGAGGUUGUUCGAUACAAGGUUUUAUCGAAUUGGCCUCAUCUUUGCAAUUCUGGGAGGACUUCUCUUACUCAUCUCAUACGCUCGUGAUCGCCAUUCUCGACACGACUUUGCUGAUCCUCGUGUAGAAGAGGAAGUUUUAAGCGGACCAAGUGCUAGCACGGCUCCUGAAAACAUCGCCAACGGCCAUCCGAAGAGUCAGGAGACGCUGAUAUCCAAACUAUCUGGUUCAUUCUCUCGAUUUCGUCUCCGUCGUUCUCCCAUCCCGACUUUUGCACCUGCACCUCCUAGUACGAGAAUCUUCGGCCGACCUUUUGUGACGGCAGGAUGGGUUGUGAUUGCAGUCACCUUGGUUGUGCUCAUGACUGAGAUUGGGUUGGUGGUGUUGAUUAUCAAGUUAUAGAUGUUAGACGAGAAGCUAGAGCUUUGUGGUAUAGGCGUAGAAUUUCCCAAGCAGACAUUUGUAGAAGAGAGAGUAAAGCAAUUGGCAUAUCAAUGAUACAGCAAGACUACUACU